AUGUUAUUUAGAUAGAAGGAGAAGAUAUAAGAUGUUGGAAGGAACAAUUUUCGCGAAUUUUAUAGAAUGGAACACGAAGCCCAAACUAAAACAGUGAAGAUGAUGCCCAGUGUUCAACCUGGAUUAUCUAGAUCAAUGAAUUAGCCUUUGAUUGACGAGAAUCAGAGUUCACUGUCCGGAAGCAGUUGGGAUGCUAAACACCUAGACACCUUCCUCAAAUAGAGCAAAUACUCAAGCAUGAGAUAAACCUAAGAUCUUGACAACCAAGCAGUUUUUGUUGGGAGUGGUUAGAAUCAGAGUUUCUUUUUUCGUAGACAACAACCUCGAAUAAUUCCAGAAUAUAUUGAUUACUUGAACAUGAGCAAAAUUAAUCAUAUUGUCUCUGAUCAUCCAGUCAAUCAUUCACAAGAAGUUAUAAGGAAGAGAUUGGAAAUCCCUGAAAAAAACUAUGUAGAACAAAAUCUCGCCUUGUCCUAAGUAAUCACACUCAAAAAGCCAUCAGGGUAUCUGGCUGAACUCAGAGAAACAUAAGAAUAGCAAAAAAAAUUUCAUUAAUGGCGAGAAGAAUUUGGUGAAGCUAACAAGGCCUACAGAAAAAUCAGACAAGCCUACAAAUCAGGAAUAAUUGGAAUUGACAAUCCUACCAUUGAAAAUUCUGAAUUGUACAAAGAUGAGCAUCAAAAAUAUAAGCAGAAAUAAGAAAAUAGAAUGAUCCAUUCAAUCAAUAGAUAUUAAUGUAUAAUUACUAAAAUAACUUAAGCAUUGGAAAAAUAUGCAAGUGCCAAUCCUAAUAUCGAAUUUGAUAAUAGAAAAUAUGAUGAUACUCUAACUCAAAUCAAUCAUACCAGAGUGUUAGGCUAAUACCCUGUGUAGUACCUUUGA